UGUGUUCAAGUGCUUAUUAAGAUGCUUCCAAGUUACUACCAACAUGUUUGUCGGUAUGAAAACUCACUAGUGACCAAAUUCUUCGGUGUCCAUUGUGUCAAACCUGUGGGUGGCGUGAAGACCCGAUUUAUUGUGAUGGGAAACCUUUGCUGCUCAGAGUAUCGAAUCCAUAGACGAUUUGACCUGAAAGGAUCAUCUCAUGGACGCACGACAAAUAAGCCUGAAGGAGAAAUUGAUGAAACAACUACCCUUAAGGACCUGGAUCUCAAUUUUGUGUUUCGGCUCCAACGAAACUGGUUCCAAGAACUUAUCAAGUUAGUUUUACAGGCUUUAGUUUCUUGGUACAUUUUGAUUUCUAGAUUUUACUUCAUUUAUUUCAUGCUUCCGGAACCACCCACCCACCACCACCACUACUACUUGGGUUAUAUAUAA